CAAAUAUCGAAAAUUCCCCAAUCCUCUGAUCAAUACUACAGUAGAAGUCGAAUUUGGUUUCCGUCUUUCUUUGUCGUUGAACAGAAACGCUAUAUGCCAUAUAGUAGAGUGAGGAGACAGCAGCCGAAAGAAACAACACUAACUAUCAAUACUGUCGUUCUGCCAACCACUGCAGGUAUCUUGGCCUUCUCCGUUUGCUACACAAUGGGCAAUGGCCGAUUUACCGAAGCAAAAGAAGAGCGGAGAGCAGAGUUACCUGCCGUCACGAUUACCAUUCCCAAGAGGACCCAGGGUGCAGAACUAUCGCAGUAGUGGCGUGAUCUCCAGAUUGGCUUUUAGCCCUGUAUCAUUGAAUCAAGUCGACGAUUGCACCUAUUCCCACCGACUAGGAGACCUUCCACCACAUACAGGCGAGAUUUGCACGAUUCAAAGACACGAUAGGGACCUGACCUCCACCCAAUUUCCAAAGCCGGAACCUAAAGGAUACAGAGACCAAUUGGCCGAGUCAACCGAGCAUCACGGUUGGGAAGAUGAUAGACUCAAUUAUAUAGAGGUUCUCGCUUGGAUGGAACAGACGAAGGGUUUACGUCACAAGCAACAGCCAGACACCAAGACGUCGAAACUGGUCGGCUCACCUAAGUGGAAACGUGGAAUAGAUUUGAGUGCCAUUGAAAGGCUACCAGAUUACAUACAGUAGAUGGCAACAAGAAGCGCUCGACUUGUUUCGGUACUAUAAGCCAAACAUGAUGCUAG